AUGCAUCGAGCAUGUCGGCACAUCUUGCUCUUCGUGGCUCUGCUGUUGCUGGAUGUCAGCAAAUGGACGGACCAGAUCGUGCUUGGUGGGGAUUGGACGGACGGGAAACUAUUGAGGGGUGUGCUGCUGUGUGCAGCAGGCAUCAUUGCUAAGAGCGACCUCACUAUGUGUGUGGCUGAUGGGGGGCUUGCUGGUACGGAUGCUGAUGGUUCGAGUGCUGUUGGUGUGAGGGUUGCUGGAGGAGCUACUGCUGGAAUUGGAGAUGGAAGAGUGGGGUACGGUCCAGCAGGAACAGUGCCUGGGGGAGGUUGGGGAGGAGGGGAGCAGCAGCAGCCGAGUUACAUACCGGACGGGGCCAAGUCGGUGAAGUGCAGGAAGAAGAUCGUGCUCUCGCUUGCUGUCUCCAACGGUCAUACGCUUGGGACAGAGGCAAUAGAAGCAGUGCUGACUCGAGUCAGUGACAGCACAGGCGGCGCUGCUGGUGGAAGGAAUGGAGACAGCAGCAAGGGAGAAAACACCACCAAGGGCAGGGACGGCGGAGGAGGGAAUGGCACUGUGGCAGGAGGAGGGGCAGGAGGAGGGGAGGGAGUGGAGAGGCGGUUGGCAGACCCUGUGAAGAUCACCGUGGUGAAGACACCGGUAUAUGCCGUGUACCCUCUCACGUUCCUGCAGUCCUUCAAUGGCCGGCCGUACGAGGUGGUGGUGACUACAACGGGGUGCAGGGACGGUGCAUAUGACAGCGACCCCACGUGCGGCUGGUUCCUCUACCCAGAUGGCACAAGAGUGCCCAACAGCCAGGGGUUCUGCUGCAGUUGCAGUGGUGGUGACACGUGGAAAGACUCCAUUGGUCUGGACAAUCCGCAACAGUUCAGGGCUGACCUGGACUGUAGCCUGUGGCGGCAGAAGCUGUUUUUUGGAGGAGUGCCCUCGAGUUCCCACUGCCUUCGGUUCAAUGACACCUGGUACCCCACGUACCGCAUAGGCGUGGCGUCUCUGGUGUUCCAGAUCCAGAUCACCAUCAGCAAGCUUCUCUCUGACUCGCAUGAGCAGGAAACGCUCAUCCUCUCGCCCAUGGCCCCAGUCGCAGUCAACCCCUCUCAAUCGCUCUCAGCCACUCUGGUGGGGGACUUCCUGACCUACACGCAGCUGCCGAACCUGAGUGACCGCCUUCUGUCCGUGCCCCUUCAGCCAGGAUCCCCCACGUUUGGCCGAUUCACCUCCGACACGUCAGGCUGGCUGCUAGUGGACAAGGAGCGCUACUCGCUGGACGGCAGCGAGUGCAGCAAGGUGGGCACCAGCUUCAGCGCCUUCCGCUUUGAGCCCGACCGCUGCCAGCGCUCUGUGGGGUCGUGCCUCUCCAACCAGCUGCUGGACUUCGCCCAGGAGGACGCCCAGCGAGUGGCGCAGGGCCUUGACCCCAUCCACGCGCUGUCGUCACUGGGACCCAUCACCACCCUGGAAAGCCCAAACGGCUCCCUGAGAAUUGCCCUGGUGGUGACUCAGCGACUCAACUCCCUCAUCACCCUCGAGAUUGCAGCUGAUGACGUCACCUUCAUCAAGAACAGGAGCCCUGGUCGCAUAGUGUCUGUGGCGGCACCGCUGUUUGAAGCCAUGUCCAGUGAGGGCAGGGUGGACAUCAGGAUUACCAACAACGGCUCUCUGGAUGCGGACUUCAUGCUCACGAUUCAGAAUUGCUCCUCGGGGGUUCUCCCAAUACCAGCACAGGAGCGCAGCAUAGCAGCAGGAGCAACAACCAGCUUCACCUUUCUGCUGCAACUCCAAGAUUCCCUUGCCUCGCAACGCUCCUGCCUUGUGGUCCUAUAUGAUGCCAUCUCAUCGGUCGCUGACGUGGCGCCCCUCGCAUUCACCACCAAUGCCACGGUGGACAACCGGGGAGCGCAGAGUGGGCAGUCGGACGGCAAGGCCAUCAAGAACACAACGCUCUUCUCCCCACGCCCUGGCUCGUCGUCCUCCUCCUCCUCCUCGUCGCGUUCAAGUGACAAUUCAUGCAGGUGA